AUGUCUAUUUUGGUCAAUGCACGUCUCCGCGCGUCCCCCAUUCUUCUACACCUUAAGCGACCCUACCGCUUCGCAGAUAUUAAUGCUGACUUCGAACCUGUGCCGGGCUUGGACAUAUAUUGUGCGGGAUCUCAAACUAUCGACACAGACAUGCCUCGCUUGGCUAAGUUUUCUAAACACCGUGAUGUAGACGAUAAGGCUAUGCAUUUCUUGUUUGUGCACAUAUAUUCAGGGUCUGCGGACCUUCUCUCAGCAUACUCAGAGUUAGCAGUUAAGCUUAACUUCAAUGUCUUUCCACAUUGGGACCACGAACAGGCUGCCUACGCAAUCCAAGAGCUGCAGCGCUUCUCGCAUGGUCCAACGUGCUCCAUGAACAUUACUUCCCGGGCCUGCCAGGGGCCUGAACGAGCUCUUCACAUUCUGCUGGCUGCUGGGCUCUCCAAGCCGAAGAUUCGCUCUCUCUGUGAACACUUUAAAACACUUAGAGACAUCUGUAUGUCAUCUGUCAAAGAAAUAGCAUCGCUACCCGGAUUUUCAGAGGAGACGGCCGCCACCCUCCUCAGGCGACUUGGGGUGCCCCACAUCUAA